AGCGUGCUGAGCCCACGAGCCCGCUGCCAGUCCCUCCGCCAGCAGGUCACUCCAGAAAAAUGAGGAUAUUUAGUGUCUUUGCAUUCAUGGCCCACUGCCAUUUGCUGAAAGCAUUUACCAUCACAGUUUCCAAGGAACUGUAUGUGGUGGAGUACGGCAGCAAUGUGACCAUGGAGUGCAAAUUCCCAAUAGAAAAACAGUUAAACCUGCUUGCACUAAUCGUCUACUGGGAAAUGGAGGAUAAGAAAAUUAUUCAGUUUGUGAAUGGGAAAGAAGACCUGCAAGUUCAGCACAGCAGCUACAGCCAGAGGGCCCAGCUGCUGAAGGACCAGCUCUUCUUGGGGAAGGCCGCACUUCAGAUCACAGACGUGAAGUUGCAGGAUGCGGGGGUUUACUGCUGUUUGAUUGGCUAUGGCGGUGCUGACUACAAGCGGAUUACUUUGAAAGUUCAUGCCCCAUACCGCAGAAUCAACCAAAGAAUUUCUGUGGAUCCUGUCACCUCUGAACACGAACUAAUGUGUCAGGCUGAGGGUUACCCUGAGGCUGAAGUCAUCUGGACAAGCAGCGACCAUCAAGUCCUGAGUGGCAAAACCACCAUCACUAAUUCCAACGGGGAAGAGAAGCUUUUCAAUGUGACCAGCACGCUGAGAAUCAACACGACAGCUAAUGAGAUUUUCUAUUGCACUUUUCGAAGAUCAGGUCCUGAGGAAGACAGAAACAAUACUGCUAAGUUGGUCAUCCCAGAACCACUUCCAGUUCCAUCAAAUGAGAGGACUCACGUCAUGGUUCUGGGAGCUGUCCUGGUGUUUCUUGGUGUAACCCUGGCAGUCAUUUUCUGUCUAAAGAGAAAUGGGAAAAUGAUGGAUGUGGAAAAAUGUGUCACCGGAGACAGGAACUCAAAGAAACAAAAUGCAAGUAUGAGUUAUGCCUGUCGUCAUCAGUCUCCAGAGAUACAAUUUGAAGAGACAUAAUCCAGCAUUGAAACUCCUGAUCUUAAAAGCAGGGAUUCUCUGGCCGUGGUUUGAGUGUGGCAGAGCAACGCAUGACCAGAGCAGCGCCAUGGGCCAGGCGAGCUGCAGAUGAUGCAGGACUUCCAGGCCCAAGCACUCAACUGUGGAAGCUGGGAGAGAAGAGGAAGAGAACAAAGCAAGAAGGAGCAGAGGGGGUAGGCUGCAAGGUCCUUCAAAACAACUGGGAGACUCACGGGCACCUAAGGGAGAGAGAAGGGACGCUUCUGAAAGAUGAGCCCCUGUGCAAAUCGCCCAUCCCUCAUCCGAGGAAAACAAGUUGCGAUUCCCUGAUUUAAUGGUCAGUUCCUGCAGAAGUGCCCUUUGCCUUCAGUCAGUGUCUCUGCUUGUCGUCUGUGUGACUGAGAGUCCCAGUGUUGCAACAGUAUUUAAGUAUGGGAUUUUUAUUUAUUUUGAGCCUUUGGAGUCUUGUCAUGUGAGUGUGGUCAUGAAUGAUUUCUUUUGAAGAUAUACUGUAGCAGAAGUUAGAAUUUUGUCACGAAACUAAAUUUACUGCUUGGUGAGUUGUACAUGCUCAGUAAAAUGUGUAGUAUUGAUGAAGUACUUAGUAUCCUCCACAGCUACCAGGACAUAGGAAGCGUAGAGAGCAGACCCAUGGUUUAUAUAGGAUAUUACCUUGUUUAACCCACCAGUACUUUGGUUGACUCGAAUAAUCUUAUUCUCAGACCCUAAGGUAAGAUAUGUUACUGCAGCAUCUGUUCCAUUUUAAAUGUCAGCGUUAACAACUAUGUGGCAUCCUACACACAGAAUCUCAUUUAAUGCCUGGGAUAGCUAUGUUGUGGUAACACUGUUAUCAUACCCAUUUCACAGCUGAGGGAGCAGAGAGCUAAAGUAACUCGCCUGAGUCAGUAAAUAGCAGAUCUCAGAUUUCUACAACUGUCACUCACUGUCCUUUUAGGAUAUAGUCUAGAGCUGUGUUUUGCUUUAAGAAAUUCAUUCAGCAAACAUUUAGGAAGCACCCAUGUCACUAGGCCAGGCAGUGACUGAGCAAGACAAAGAACCUCUCUUUUAGGAGCUCAUAGUAUCAUGGGGGAGACUGAAAAGGAAAUUCAUUAUUACAGCUUAGUGCAGUAACAUGACAUAAGGUGUUGGAGGAGAAAGAUGGCGUGAAGAGGAGAGACUAGAAAGGCUCCCUAAGGGAGGGCAUGCCCUGGGCAGUAUGUCAGGGUGUUCCUUGGAAGUUCAGAAUACAUUUUUUUAAAUAUUUUAUUUA